AAAAAGAUAUUGGAUUUAUUGGAUAUUGGACUGCCAAGGUCCAUAACAACCAGCGCUGAAUUGUAAUUCACUGCAACACGUGUUAACAGCAGCUAUUGACGGACAGAUAAGAUCUGAAGCCACGACACACAACGUUAAUCAAGAAAUUUAUACCAAGGAAGAACUCAGGAAACAAACCAGAGAAUGGAUAAAUUUCCCUCCUUUGUUUCGUUGUGUUUCCUUUGCCCGUACACAUGGAUUGUCCUUGCUGUUAUUAUAUUGUAUAUUAUCAAGAGAAAUUACUUUGGUCAUUGCGAGUGUACUCUUGAAGAUCGUUUGGAUGGUAAAACGGUUAUUGUUACGGGAUGCAAUACUGGCAUUGGAUUAGAAACAGUCGAUGAGUUGGCUCAUCGUGGAGCCCGGGUUAUUAUGGCCUGCAGAGAUCUGAAGAAAUGCAAAUCCGCCCGACAGGAGCUUCUAACUAGGACUUGUAAUGAAAAGCUAUCUGUAUUCAGUGUUCAUUUAAAACCAGAUCAACUUGUCUGUGAAGAGUUGGAUCUGGAGUCGCCAAGAUCUAUUCGGGAGUUCGCGAAUCGUAUCAUAAAUAGAAAAGAAUCAAUUUCCAUUUUAAUUAAUAAUGCUGGAGCAGAUUUCCCAGAGAAAGUGUACGAUGAGCUUGGCAUUGAAAAACAUACGAAAGUGAAUCAUUUGGGUCACUUUCUGCUUACUAAUUUAUUAAAACCGUGUUUGAAAGCCUCUGAAGGGGAACCUUGUCGUAUAGUUAUCGUGUCAUCUUUGUUACAUUGGUUUGCCAAAUUACACCCAAAUAGUGGAUUUCUGUCAGGUGUAGGUUCUGGUUAUGCUAUUAGUAAACUGCUAAAUGUGAUUCACGCACGUGAGAUAUGCAAACGCUGGUCUGGAGAUGGAAUUAUUUCUGUCAGUGUUCAUCCAGGUUUAGUGAGAACGUCCAUUUUUCGUUCAUCUAAUUGGAAGUAUUAAUGUUUAUGUUUAAAUACAUAACUUCUAUCUGAAGUUUGUGCUGAUGAUGUUGUUCAGAAGAACAGUGAAAGCUCCACAACCAAAAUAUCCAACUCACAGAGCGAAACUCCACUACAAAACAAUUGUAUAUAUGGAGUUGGUUAAGUGUACGUAAGUGAUCAUUUUGUUUCUACGUACUUAAAUACGUGAGCCUAUUUGAUUAUCGUAAAAUAUAGGAUAGCAUUUCAGAACUGUCAUAGUGAAGCUAUGUCGAUUUUACUAAAUAAUAUGUGAAGAAAAGCAUGUGCUUGAAGCAAUUUAUACUGUCAUAAGUCAGAUUUAUAAACUAAUUGGCUUUUACUGUUUGACUAAAAUAUGUUUUAUUUUUAGUUUUUAGUCUAUUAUCUGUUUCGAUGGUUGACGAAAACAUGCCGUGAAGGCGCUCAAACCACAAUAUUUUGUGCUCUUGAGAAGAAUCUCAUUCCUGGUGCAUUUUAUUCUGAGUGUCAACCACGUAGGUGUAAUUCUCAAGCACUGGAUGAUGAAAUUUGUGAUCAUGUGUGGAAAACCUCGGAAGCGCUUACCGAAGAAUGGGAAUCAUUUAUUCAGAAGUAGUAUUUGGAGAUAAUUUUUAUUACUACCUGUUGUCUUUAAUGAAUGACAUGUGAAUGCCAUUGGGCUCAAUAUUUUUAAUCGUCGUAUUUAUGCGAAAGAAUAAAACAUUUUCUAGACUCCUUUUAUUUGUUUUUCUCUAACGACUAACAUUUUAUUGUAAUCUUCAUAGAUUAUUGCUUCAUCUUCCAUAGAGGUAGA